CAGGCGCAGCGUGCGCGCUGCCGACAUAAGGGCGCGGGCGCGGGCGCGGGCGGGGGCUGCAGUCGGCGGUGGUGCAGCGAGCGGCCGGAGCUGGAGCCCGCGGUGCCGUCCGCGUCCCUGCCGCCAGCACAGCGCAUGUCCGCCUGCCACAACCUGCACUGCUUCGAUCCCUUUGCUGAUGCACUUAAGGGUGAUGAUCUCCUCCCUUCUGGGACUGAGGACUACAUACACAUAAGGAUUCAACAGAGGAACGGCCGGAAAACCCUCACCACUGUCCAGGGAAUCGCUGAUGAGUAUGACAAAAAGAAACUUGUCAAACACUUCAAAAAGCAAUUUGCCUGCAAUGGUACUGUGAUUGAGCACCCUGAGUACGGUGAGGUAAUCCAACUUCAAGGGGACCAGCGCAAGAACAUCUGCAAGUUCCUAGUGGAGGUUGGCAUUGUUAAGGAAGAACAACUCAAGGUCCAUGGGUUCUGAUUAACACAAUCCCUUUGUGUGCAUGCCUUGCUGGAUAAUGACAGGCUCUGACUUGUGGACUGUACCUGUUGAUCCAAGGAAGCCUGUAUGGUGACACCUGACUUGCAGAAUAAGCAGUUCAAUCUUCUGGCUCUGCAGCAAGAUCUUUAGGUCCAUUCACUUCUGUCCCAGCUAACUUUUAACAUGUUUUGUAACAUUUGUACUCACUUUUAAAGGCACAUGUUAGAACUUUUGUUGUACUUCCUUUUUGUAUAAUGUAUAAUAAAACCCACUUGAGAAA